UAAGGAAGAUAAAAAUGAAAACCUUUUCACUGCCUUGGUUGACAUCCAUGGUGGGACAUCAAGCAAAGGCUGGUCAAGGGAACUUCCCCCUCUAGACUCCACCCCCAGGUCCCAGCACUUCUAUAGUGAGUCAAGGUAGUUGUUUGGUCACAGUUACAGAGAAGAAGGAGAACUAAGGAGAAGGAAUUCCUCCAGUAAACGACAGCAGGACCCUGGGAGAACUCUCGGACGUGGGAAGAGCCAGGAGCAUCUGAGGGAUAUAGGAGCAAAACCCAGUCCCGUGUGGCCCUCGUAGCGACACCCAGCCGAGUCCUCUUCGCAACACGUCAGGGCAGCAUGUGCACGGCAAAAUGUGCCCGGUGCAUCGGGGCUGCGCUGUACCCCUUGGCCCUCAUCUCUAUCCUGUGCAACAUCGUCCUUUUCUUCCCCGACGGGAAGACCAAGUACGUGACGGAGGAGCGAGAGGGCUACGGGCAACGCAUCACCGAGGAGGUCAAAUACAUGGGGGGCCUCGUCGGAGGGGGGCUCAUGGUGCUCGUCCCAGCUAUCCACAUCCAAAUGACAGGGAAGGACGGCUGCUGCGGUAACCGCUGUGGGAUGUUCCUGUCCAUCCUGUUUGCUGCCGUUGGCGUAGCUGGUGCCCUCUACAGUUUCACUGUGGCAGUAAUGGGUCUGGUCAAUGGUCCUACCUGUCGUACCAUCCUAUUGUGGUCCACGCCCUUCAAGGGAAUGGAAGCUAAAGACAGCUACCUGCAGAACAAGAACCUUUGGUCAUUGUGCACGGAGCCCCCAAACAUAGUGCAGUUCAACAUAGGCUUGUUCUCCACCCUCGUGCUGACCAGCAUCCUGGAGCUGGUUCUCUGUGGGAUCCAGAUGAUCAACGGGCUCUUUGGCUGCCUGUGCGGAACCUGCAAGAACAAAGGGCCCCUGUAAACCAUCUUGUCUGAGAACAUCAACUGCGGCUCCAGUCAAACCAAGGAUGAGCAGUCACUGCGCUACCUAGCUGUUUGAGUAUAAAAUUCAAACACUAGAACCACUUCGAAAUUGUAUGCAUAUAUUUUUAUAUCAGUUUUUCUCUUGUAAUAACAAUAUCUGUCAAAUGUUUGCUUGCAGGCUGUCAGGAAAAGGAAAUCCGUCCUUUGCUUCCCUCUUAGCUGACAGGGAACAUGCGGUGUAUUUUAGUAACAUUUUGUAUUAUGUUUAUAUAAACAAUAUCAGGUCUUGCCUGAUCAGUUGACACAUUUCUUCGGUGAAGGCCGUUUUUAUUCUGCAUGUGCCACGGUACAGCUCAUACUACCGGGACACCACUCAUAAUUCACAGAACAAGCUAUGGGAUCACGAAAAAUCUCUUAUGAGAACAGAAAUUUCAAUUCAAUACACAAGCUUUGUGUCGCUGAGUGCCCCAUAAGACAAACAGACCCGCCAUAUUUGGCACCCCUUCUGGACAUCUCAGAUAUCUCUUAACUAUAGGCCACUCCCGUCUCUCAGAAACAUCUGUCAGAAAUCGUUUUCAUCAUGGUAUAAAAACCAUGAUCUGUCACAGUGAUGAGCUCUAAAGCAAAAAAUGUUUUAAAUGAAGUGCUUCAAGAAAAGGCAAAGGAAAACCUUACCUGUGAAAAACACAAUAAAAUGUGUAGAAUUGUCUUGAAAGG